AUGAAGGCCUUCCGAUCAUACUUCACACCCACGCGGGCGGCGGUCGAGCGGGACGAUGGACGGGCAACUCGUAAGAGUAACGAAGACGACAAGUUGCCCGAGCAGCAACGCGAGAAACCUUCCGGGCUAGGAUCACCAGGAUCACCAUCGAGUCCUGCAACAUACGAUGGCAGUGCUGCAGUUACACCCCGUUCGAUUACCCCGUCUCCAAUGCCCGGGGGUAUGCUCGCAGUACCAGGUACGGCUCACCAUGGCUCACGGAAACAGAAUGGCCGGUUGACGCCCUCUACUGCCGGCUCGACCAAGCGAUCUACGGCUGGCUCCUACUCAUUCCGGCAUUCUAUCUUUCCGGCUGGAGACGUCCGAAACAGCGAUUCGGGUGUGGUGGCCAAGGUCAGAAACGACAUGAUGGUCAACUCGCUAUUCGAGCAGAUGUGUCGAAAGCAGUACAGUACAGGCGUGGAUCCAUACGAAGGCGUCGUGUUGAAGGAGUCACGCGGCAACUUCAUCUGCUAUCCACCACAAAUGGCGGCUAUCCCCGAAUCGCUCUACGCCAUGAUCACGCAGAUGAAUGUCCGAUGUGCCAUGACAAUCAACACACACGUUGUCCGCACAAUCCUGAACGGCAUCAGCAGGAGGGGAGGUGAUAUCAACUUUGUACCGCUGCCGGACGGUUUGCGUGUGCAGAUCCUCCGCACAAUGUCGGAUCUGCCCAAGAGUCAACUCCAUCAGUUUGCUGCAUUCAUUGACGACGCCAAAAUUCUGGUUGUGUGGGCCGAUGAGCCCGAGAAGAUCCUCUCCUGGGCAGAAGACCUCGAGAAGAAGCUGAUUGAGCUCAUCUGGAGCACCAACAACGAUGCAGAUGAUGAGGAAGCUGACGAGAAAGGAAAUGUGACAACAAAUGUGCAGGAAGUUGACGGGAAUGUGUUGGAGCAGGCAAACGAGCAACGCCCGGUUAGACUGGAAAGUGCAUUCAUCGUGGCUCUGACUAUGGCGUUGUGCGUUGCAUGUCUCGGUCUCGGAUGGAGAGCGCUUGCGUACGAAGCAUCUGUGGACGGAACCUAUAUCCGAUUUGCCUUGUUGGCGGUCUCGCCUAUUCAGUUGUUCGUGAGCUUGUUCUUCUUCCAAACACUCGCCGGCAAUCUGUUCCAGGUCUUCGGUCCCAUCAGCUCUAUUGAUAAUAACAGCAAAUACUACAGCGGGAAGCCACCCCAAAGGCUUGAUCGUCACCUGCACACGCUGCCCCAUGUCACCUUCCAGAUGCCCGUAUACAAAGAAGGUCUCGCGGCUGUUAUCAAGCCUACGGUAGUCUCCGUCAAACAAGCAAUCAGCACCUACGAGAUGCAAGGCGGUACCGCCAACAUCUUUGUCAACGACGACGGUAUGCAGCUCAUCAGCGAUGAAGAAGCCCAAGCACGCCGCGAUUUCUACGACGAACACAACAUCGGAUGGGUGGCACGCCCGCCCCAUAACCCCAAGCCGAAUCUUGAAGAUGGCGAGACAGUGUUCCUUCGUCGUGGCAAGUUCAAGAAGGCCAGCAACAUGAACUACGCACUCCACACCAGCAACCGUGUCGAGGAAAAGCUGAGCACAAUCAACCGUAUCAGUAACUGGACCAAUGACCACGAAACAGCCGCCUAUCAACAGUGCUUGAACGAGGUUCUGCGCGAAGACGAAGGCCGGACCUGGGCUGAAGGCAAUAUUCGGGUUGGCGACUACAUCUUGCUGAUUGACUCUGAUACUCGUGUUCCGUCUGACUGUCUAUUGGAUGCUGUUAGCGAGAUGGAGCAGAGCCCUGAGGUGGCCAUUCUCCAGUUCGCUUCUGGCGUCAUGAACGUUUCCGAUUCGUUCUUUGAGGGAGGUGUCACCUGGUUCACCAACCUGAUCUACACAGCCAUUACCUUCGCCGUUGCCUGCGGUGAUUCCUGUCCCUUCGUCGGCCACAAUGCCAUGCUUCGCUGGCAAUCCCUCCAGGACGCCGCAAGCUACGAGGAAGACGGCUACGAGAAAUACUGGUCAGAGUCACACGUGUCCGAAGACUUCGACAUGUCCCUGCGUCUCCAAUGCGCCGGCUACUCCCUCCGCUACGCCUCCUACACCGGUGAAGGCUUCAAGGAAGGCGUCAGCUUGACCGUCUACGACGAGCUCGCCCGCUGGGAGAAGUACGCCUACGGCUGCAACGAGCUGUUGUUCCACCCCAUCCGCUUCUGGGUCAUCCGCGGCCCUUUCACCCCGCUGUUCCGCAAGUUCCUCGGCUCCAGCAUCGCCCUGCCCAAGAAGUUGACCAUUUGCGCCUACAUCGGGACGUACUAUGCCAUCGCAGCGGCAUGGAGCUUGUCGCUGAUGAACUACUUUUUGACCGGCUGGUUCGAAGGGUUCUACGAUAAGUAUUACCUCGACUCGUUUGCCAUUUACUGCUCGAUCAUCGUGGUGUUUACCGCUCUGGGUAACUUUUCGCUUGCCGUCCUUCGGUACCGCACGAAUAAGCAGAAUCUCCUUACCGGCUUAAUCGACAACCUAAAAUGGAUCCCCAUGUUCACCAUCUUCCUCGGCGGCAUCUCCAUCCACAUCACGCAGGCUAUCCUCUGCCAUUUCUUCGAGAUCGACAUGGUGUGGGGCGCCACGGCGAAAGAAGUCGAGGAAGUCCAUUUCGGCCAGGAAAUCGUCCGCAUCCUGAAGCGCUUCAAGUUCACUUUCUUGUACUGCUUCUUGAUGACCGGUCUGAUCGUCGCUGGAUGGUUCUUCUUCCCCCAUCCGUGGAAGAUCCAGAAGCUGUAUAGUGUGUAUCCGCUCGCUAGCAUGGCGGUUACGCACUUUACGCUGCCGGUAUUGUUGAAUCCUGCUUUGAUGAUGUUUACUUGGUAA